AACACAGUCCAUCUCAAGACGGUCUUCAGUGAGGUAUCCCUAUAGCUGGAGCUUGUUGGAUUUUGACUACAUGGCUGAACACUCAACCAUAAGGAAUUGUGUUUAAAUUUUUAACCGGUUUUUUAAUCUGUGAACUGAAAGGAGAAUAAUUGCAGGGUUCGUUUUGAGGAAAAUGCAAGGAGCUUGUGUUUGAUAUCAAUACCUUUAGAUUGGAACUUGGGCACGAGGGUUGUGUGGUUUAGAGAAGAGCUCUCAUCGCUGAAGUUCACGUCCAUCUGCAAACAUUUUUGUUUUAUUAAACAAAGAGACAACAAGAAAGUUUGAUUCAACAAAGAGACAUCUUUUCUUAUCUCUUAACGAUUGGGAGGACUGAAGGAUAAAGAUUCUGGACGGUCAUUCUUCGUUUUUUGGUAUUUUAGUCUUCUUUGACUGCGACAAGGACAUCGGGUGUUUUGGGGCGUCAUUCACGGUAUCUGCUUAUAUUCUUUCAAGACACAUGUGCUGUGUGGGAUCAGCGGGAUUUAUAAAGUCAAGGUCUGCCGUUCUUUGCCGUGUGGUGCCCUGAGGUGCUCCGUCGUCUGAGAAGGGGGCGUGUUGGUUCACUCUGUUGGGAUCAAGUCUUUAAGAUGUUGAUUUCCAUGAAGCCGAGAUAACUGAGUCAGUGUCAGUUCAUCAGUUAUUAUCAACACAGUAUCCGCUUUCAACAACACUACAUAAUGAAGUACCCAAGUACUACGUGGGGUCGGGUAUCCCUACUGCUCUUCCCUUGCCUUAUCGUCAUCAUGACGCUAUGUAUAGCGCCAUCAUCGGCCCGUUACUGUGAGGAGAGGUCGUGUUGCACGGGGCGUGACGAUGACUGCCACAUGCCCUAUCCUGCCCUCGUGCCCAACACACGGUGUUAUUGUGACCAGUUCUGCAAUAGAACGCGUACCGAUUGCUGCCCGGAUUUCUGGGGGCACUGCCUUGGAAUCGAACCACCCGUUCCAAUUGAAAUAGGCACAUGCUGCCACGAUGGAGAAGACAUCGAUGAAGGGAAAUCAAUUCAAGUGAACUGCAAUAAAUGCUUCUGCAAGAAGCUGCUCUACGGGUUUUUCGGCUUUGAAUGCGAAUCUAAAGCUUGCCUUAUACAACCGGAGGUGGCAGAACGGGUAAACGUCAACGAAAUCGGGUGGACGGCAGCCAACUACUCUGAGUUCUGGGGCUUGACCCUCGAAGAAGGGAUGAAGUUUAGACUCGGCACAAUGAAACCCACCCCAAUCGUUGAGGCAAUGAAUGAGAUUCAGAUGGAUGCUGCAGCCUUGGACAUCCCUGACGAGUUUGAUUCACGGGAGAAGUGGCCAACACUCCGGGAUGAAAUCUAUAAUCAGGGCGACUGUGCCAGUUCAUGGGCCGUCUCAACAGCAUCUGUUGCCUCCGAUCGCCUAGCCAUCCAAUCAAAUGGCACUAUUGCGAUGGCGUUAUCACCCCAGCAUCUACUAUCAUGCAACAUCCGGCGGCAGCAGGGAUGCCACGGCGGCCAUCUUGACCGUGCUUGGUGGUAUCUACGAAAGAAGGGUGUGGUUACCAGUGAUUGCUAUCCGUACAAGAGUGGCAUGACCUCUGACAUGAAGAUGGAUAGGGGUUCUUGCUACAUCCGGGGUCAUGACACCUCCAUGUGCCCUAAAGAACAACAGCCUAGCGACAGAUACUUCUCCACUCCUCCAUACAGAAUAUCUGAAAAUGAAGCAGAAAUCCAAGCGGAGAUACUGAUGAAUGGCCCCGUUCAAGCUGUCUUCCAUGUUCAAGAGGACUUCUUCAUGUACAGGAAAGGUGUUUACAGACAUUCCAAGAUGGCUGACAAGGAUAACCAAAAAGCUGCUGGUUGGCACUCUGUGAAGAUUCUGGGAUGGGGAGUGGACAAAACGCAAGGAAAACCGAUGAAGUAUUGGCUUGCUGCCAACUCAUGGAGCAAGGUCUGGGGCGAGGAUGGCUACUUCAGGAUUCUUCGAGGAAAGAACGAGUGUCAAAUUGAGUCUUUCGUCGUCGGUGUAUGGGGAAAAGUCGACGCGGACUUGAUGAACGGAAAUGAUGUCCCUUUUUGAUUUUUUUUCCCGUGCCGCUCAAAUUUUUUUUAGAAGUCAGAACGAUGUAUCCGAUGAAUUUUAUAGUACUUUUAUAUUUAUGACAAUGACAUAGAUGGAGGUGAGAGUUUGCUGUGUGAUUAGAGAGAGAGAACUGCCAAUAUUUGGACGAUAAACAGUCGCCGGAUGGAGUUGUUAUACAGGGAUGUUUUAUUAUCAGCCACAGCUCGACGCCCCCGUUGAAGGAAUUUAUUAACACAGGACGAGUUGUCCACACCGCCAGUCGUAAGAUUCCGAACAGGAUGAAUUGCAACAUAUAUAGGCUUACACACGUGGGACUGAUGAUACAUCCAAAACAUGAUAAAAAUAGAAUUAUGUUUCUUUUUUAGUGGGAAUUGUAUUUUUUUUGUCUUCAACACUUGGCAUUGGAUAAUUUCAUUUUGAAGGGGGAGAGGGACAUCAUUGCUUAAACGGAAGAGAUGACGUUUCUUCUGCAGCUGGAGAGUCCCACUUAGGCCUAGGUGUCUUACCUUGGGAGGAAGGUUCCUGAAGAAAGGAACAGAGGCGAGCCCAGUCCUUUUCGAUGCAUCAUUCAAAUCUUGGAGAACCAAUCUUGGGACAAUAAUGAUAACUACGGCAACCGAUGAGUGCGCCUUUAAAGCAGUUUUAGCUGGUUUAAUUAACUGAGCGAUGUUGACUUAAAGGCAGUGGACACUAUUGGUAAUUACUCGAAAUAAUUAUUACCUUAAAAUCUUACUUGGUAACGA